GCAGGAGCAGUCAGGUGCAAAAUGGCGUCGAUCGCUAAAAUAAUUCAACUUUCAAAACAAUUAUCAGCAAAACCAUUAAAUCCAUAUUUUACUAGUAGUAUUCGAAAUGCAGUUCAUCUGAGAGAUUACAUGCCAAGCGACUAUCCUAAAAAUGAAGAGGAAAGAAAAAAAGCAGCUCGAAAAUAUAAUCUCCAUCCAGAUGAAUAUGUACCAUUUCCCAAAGAAAGUGAAAUGGGAGAGUACAGAGGAGAUUAUCCUAAUCUUCCAUUAAUUGGACAUGCGGCAAAAGAUCCCUAUUAUCCCUGGGAUAUGCCAGGAGACAGGAGAAAUUAUAAAGAAACUCUUCCUGAAGAAUUUGACAUGAUUGGUCCAGAAAAAAUUGACUGGAUAGGAACUAAACCGAGAAUUUCAAACAGGAAAGCGUUUGUUACAUUUUUUUCAUUUGUUACUAUAUUUGUAUCUGUUAUUCUACUGGCAGAAGAUUAUAAAUAUUUCCCAGCGGUGAUGGAGAAACAAUGGCCACAAGCCGGUGUCAAGCAUUAUACAUUUGAUCCAGCUAAAUAAAUAAUUCUUAAUUUACAGAUAAAAUAAUUAAAUAAGCAGAAUGAAAAUUUGUUAAUAAUCACUCAUUUUUGGUAAAAUAUGUAUAUAAAUAUUCUGCAAAAAAUAUAUAGGAAACGAAUAUUUAAAUUCUUUGUGUUGUUAAAAUUUACCUCUUUUAUGCUUCUGUUAAAACUUCAAAGUUUUUUAUCAUUUCUUCUUAAUUCUUUUUAAAUAUAGAGAAAACCGAAAAAAAAUAAUUUUGUAGAAAA